AACCUUCGUUGUGCCUGUCAGACAACGGUCAGGGCGCGAAUGCCUCACAGCCCUGUAUUGACGUCCAGAGUUGUGAUGUGAAGCAUGGCUGUUGAAAGCGAAAAGAAACCUGUGCUGGAGAUGGUCCAGGCCGAUGGCGCUGAUGAGGGCUGUGUGACCUUUGUGCUGCACAAUGAAGACCAUACACUGGGAAAUUCCCUCAGAUAUAUGAUCAUGAAGACCGUGGAUGUGGAUUUUUGUGGCUACACCAUAACCCAUCCGUCCGAGAGCAAGAUCAACUUUCGCAUUCAAACCCGAGGGGGGAUUCCGGCCACGGAGCCGCUGCGGAGGGGCCUGAACGAGCUCUCCGACGUGUGUCAACACGUCCUCAACACCUUUCAGGCCAGAGUCGACGAGUUCAAAGAGCGGCAGGAGCAGCCGAUGGAAUGAAGAGCAUGACGCGCGUUCGACUGCGAAGACGCCAGACACGGUUCACACAAACAAACUAAAGACGUGUGACCUUUUCUAUGUAUACACAGACACACAUUCAUACACACACACACACACACAGACAUCUGGGAAGCUCUGGAAAUAAGUUCAUCAAGUCAUAUUUCAAACACUUGUACAGUUGUAUUUUUUUUAAUUGAUUUAUAUAAUGCACAUGUUCGUUCAUGGAUGUUUUGAAACGAUUGGUGGAAUAAAUUGAAGACAUUA